CCAGAACAUUGUCUACGCUAGCGCUCAGAUAAUCACUUGAGUCGCAGAUUUCUUGAGUGAAACACCUAUCAACCCAAGACAUCGCGAUGAGGAUUUGCGUUUUUCUUCUCGUCGCCCUCAUCAUCGCAAGUCCUGCUCUUUGCCGAAAGAGCAAGAACAAACUGAAAUGUGACCCUCUGGAUUUGGAAAACGUGGAUUGCACAGAGUGCUAUGACAAGAACGGCGAUCCUGUCCCCGUCCCUACCCCGCCUAACGGUUACAAGAGGAAAACUACCUGUCACUGCAAGUGUUACUUCGGCUGCGUGAGAGACAUCGGAGCGCCGACGAGGGAGUGCCGGUACAGGUCUGGUAAACCAUGGAAAGGCGGACGUGGACUCACUUGCAACUGUCGCUCGUGUGAUCCACCGACAAUCCCACCAACGUACGUGUCCAGCAACUGCUCAGAGCUAACCGAGUACCCUGCCGGUACAAUCUGCUUAUAUGAAUGCCCCCCUGGCUGUCCGGCUCCUCCCGAUGAGAACAGGAGGCAGUAUUGCGGGAACGGUCGAUGGAGGUGGAAUCCAAGGAUCUGCCCACCAUGCAAUGGAAGCUGGUCCGACUGGGUGAAUGGCACCUGCAGUGUGACCUGCGGUGUUGGCGCAAUCAACCAAACCCGUACCUGCGACAAUCCGGCACCAUCGAAUGGAGGAGCGGACUGUACGCGUGAGGACGGGACGACAGGACUGGAGGAACAAAAGACUUUGACCUGUAUCCUACCCCCCUGUCCGAUAGAUGGAAGCUGGUCCGAAUGGGUGGAAGGUGAGUGCAGUGUGACCUGCGGUGUAGGCGAGAAGACCCGAACCCGAAACUGUAACAAUCCGUCCCCAGCCCACGGAGGAGCGCAAUGUACGCGUGAGGACGGAACGACAGGAUUGGAGGAAACUAAAUUCAUACCUUGUGACGAAGGCCCUUGUCCGAUAGAUGGAGGCUGGUCCGAAUGGGAGGAUUAUGGUGACUGCAGUGUGACCUGCGGUGAUGGCGAGGUGACCCAAGUCCGCCACUGCAACAAUCCGUCCCCAGCCCACGGAGGAGCGGACUGUACGCUUGAGGACGGGACGACAGGACAGAUUGAACAUCAGACCGUAUCUUGCAACGACGGUCCCUGCCCGAUAGAUGGAGGCUGGUCCGAAUGGGAGGAUUAUGGUUCCUGCAGUGUGACCUGCGGUGAUGGUGAGGUGACCCAAGUCCGCCACUGCAACAAUCCGUCCCCAGCCCACGGAGGAGCGGACUGUACGCUUGAGGACGGGACGACAGGACAGAUUGAACAUCAGACCGUAUCUUGCAACGACGGUCCCUGCCCGAUAGAUGGUGGCUGGUCCGACUGGGUAGAUGGUACCUGCAGUGUGUCUUGCGGACAUGGUCUGAUGACCCAAACCCGCACCUGCAACAAUCCGGAACCAGCCCACGGAGGAGACGAAUGUACUCGCGCAGAUGGAAAUACAGGACUGACGGAAGAAAAGAUCGUAUACUGCAACGAAGGCGUCUGCCCGAUAGAUGGAGGCUGGUCCGACUGGGUGGAUGGUGAGUGUAGUGUGACCUGCGAUGAUGGCGAGAUGACCCAAACCCGCACCUGCGACGAUCCAGAACCAGCUAACGGAGGAGCGGAAUGUACGCUUGAGGACGGUAUUACGACAGGACUGACUGAAGAUAGGGCCGUAUCCUGCAACCUUGGAGACUGUCCGAUGGAUGGUGGCUGGUCCGUUUGGGUGGAUGGUACCUGCACUGUGACAUGUGGCCAUGGUCUGAUGACCAGAACCAGAAACUGCGACAAUCCGCCACCAACCAACGGGGGAGACAAAUGUAUGCGUGGGGACGGAACGUCAGGACUGACUGAGGAAAGGACUGUAACUUGCGACGAAGGCUACUGUCCGAUAGAUGGAGGCUGGUCCGCUUGGGUGGAUGGUGAGUGCAGUGUGACCUGUGGCGUGGGCGAAAAGACCCAAACCCGCAGCUGUGACGAUCCGGAUCCAGCCUACGGAGGAACGGAAUGUACGCUUGAGGACGGUAUUACGACAGGGCUGACUGAAAGUAGGACCGUAUCUUGUGACGAAGGCCCCUGUCCGAUAGAUGGAGGCUGGUCCGACUGGGUGGAUGGUGAGUGCAGUAAGUCCUGUGGACAUGGUCUGAUGACCCAAACCCGCGCCUGCAACAAUCCGGAACCAGCCCACGGAGGAGACGAAUGCACUCUGGGAGACGGGACUAAAGGACUGUCAGAACAAAAGACCAUAUAUUGCAACGAAGGCGUCUGUCCGAUGGGAUGCGAGGAUCUAGACAAAGGUAUGUGUACUGGAUCUGGCGACCCACACUUUAAAACCUUCGACAACAAGCCUCAUCAUUUCCAAGGCCCGUGCAGAUACACAUUAGCAAAGGACUGUGGAAACGGCGACUUCACUGUGGAAUCUCAACACGAACCUAUAGCCCCUAAUGUAGCUAUAUCUGUAAUCCGUGAAGUCUACGUGACAGCAUUCGGGAUGGAAAUUGGGAUUCAUCAAGGCAAAGUUGUGACGGUGAACGGAACGGCCAUAACGCUUAAUCACCACGGCAGCAAUGUCGAGAUCGACCUGAUCGGCACUAAUGUCCGAGUGCGGCUGAUAGACUUCUGCGUGGAUAUAUUCUACGACGGUGUUCACAGUGCCAAGGUUGAAGUCCCAACAAGCUACAUGGGUAACAUGUGUGGACUGUGCGGUGACUUCAAUGGUGACCCGUCCGAUGACUUGAAUGUGAACGGAGUUCCCCAGAGCUGGACCAUUUUCGGGAAUACACAUCUGACCGACGUCUCGACUUGUCCUGGAGGUAACACGGGCCCGGCAGAUAACCCUGUGUUCACGUGUGCUCCGGAAUUGAAGACACGAGUGGCAGCGGCAACCCAGUGCGGACUGAUCAAGGAUCACUACGGCCCGUUUGGAAUGACGUGCAAUGACGUUGUGGAUCCUCAGCGGUUCUUUGAUGACUGCGUCUUCGACAUGUGUGCGUGGAAUGGAGCCGAUGGGCUGUGCCAGAACCUGGAGGCAUAUGCUGCCGCCUGCGUGGCAGCCGGCGUGUCGUCUGGAUCCCUUAACUGGCGAACUGCAGACCGUUGUCCCUUGCCCUGUCCAGACAACAGCGUGUAUAGCACAUGCACAAGCAUCUGCCCUGCGACCUGCGCCAACCCCAAUCCAGACUGUGAUCCUGGCUGUGUGGAAGGCUGCCAGUGCAAGACAGGUUUCCUGCUAAGUGGACUGGAAUGCGUACCUGAAGCGGAGUGUGGUUGCACCGACGAAAAUGGAUUUUACCACAUGCUUGGAGACGUAUGGGACCAUGAUGGCGAAGAAUGUUCAUGCCAUGCAGAAAACACCAUCACCUGCGAAGAGUACUCCUCGUAUGACCAAUGA